GAUUUGCGGGGUUUAAGGUCUUCUUCCGGUUCCUGAAUUUCCUCUGAAUUUGUCUUCCUUGUACUGUUCAGGCGGGCACUGCAAUUGGAAAGAAUAAUGUAUCUAUUGAGCGCAGCUACUCUCGGGCUGCUGUCCAUUGGGGCAGCAGCUCUGACAAUUCCAUCGCAGCAGCAAGUAUUGGAUACAUUUUUGAAGAAAGACAUUUGUCCGCUUGCGCCGAAGAUCGUCGCCCCCGAAGAUGGCUUGCACCCAGCUAUCGAAUUCAUUAAAGACGAAGCGAUCAAGACCAAACAAGUGGAGCGUCUCUCCAGGGCUGUCCAGGUGCCGACAACAGUUAAUGAUUUCUCGACCGAUCCGUACGACGAAGUCUUCACUCCUUUCCUUGAGCUUCAUAAGCUCCUGAAAUCGCUGUUUCCAUUAACGUACUCGUAUGCUCGUGUCGAUCACGUUAACCGCCUCGGCCUGGUUUUCACGCUCAACGGAACAGACGACUCCCUUAAGCCGCUCUUGUUCACUGCGCACCAGGAUGUUGUGCCCAUCGAUGAUCCUAGUGACUGGACGUACCCUCCUUUCUCAGGGUACUUCGAUGGAGAAUGGAUCUGGGGCAGAGGUGUCAGUGACUGCAAGAAUGUGCUAAUUGGCCUGCUCUCCGUUGUUGAGGACCUGCUGUCUCAGAACUGGGAACCAACUAGGACAGUCGUUCUCGCAUUUGGUUUUGAUGAAGAGUCGCAUGGCUGGCUCGGAGCUGGAUCUAUUGCCAAAGAACUCGAGAAGAAAUGGGGCAAAGACAGUUUCGAAUUCAUCCUGGAUGAAGGUGGUAUGGGCUUGGAAGUUCUCGGUGACGUCGUCUAUGCUUUGCCUGGCGUUGGUGAGAAAGGUAGCAUAGACCUUGUUCUCACCUUGAAUGUAACCGGCGGUCACAGUUCAGUCCCUCCGCCACACACCGGCAUUGGAAUCAUGUCAGAGAUCAUCUACGAACUGGAACGCCAGGACCUAUUCAUCCCUGUUCUCAAUCAGCAACAUCCUACUCGGAAGUCUCUCGAAUGCCAGGUCCGCCAUUCUCCAGAGUACGUUGAACCAUGGCUGGCGGACGCCCUGGAAUCUGACGACUAUACCGCUCUCGCGAGAGGCGUUGGAGAAUCGCGCGGUGAAAAGAUCCUAUACACCUUCCAGACAUCACAGGCCGCGGAUCUGUUCCGCGGUGGAGUUAAGACCAACGCCCUACCGGAAAAGAUCUCGUCGGUGGUCAACUACCGUGUUGCUCUGCAUCAGACUCCAGAAGUCGUCAAGGAGCGUGCUCUCAAGAUCAUCACUCCGAUUGCAAAAAAGUACAAUCUCACCUUCACCGCAUUUGAAGACUCACCAUCUGACGAAAUAAUAAACCAUCUCGACCUGGCCGCUCUUAGCGAACCGCUUUACCCGGCUCCAUUAAGCCCGACAGAUACCCAGACGGAUGAAGUCUGGGCACGAUUUUCGGGCGUUUCUCGUUCAGUCUUCGAAUCUCUUCCCGCUUUCGAGGGGAAAACUGUUGUCGUAGUUGGGGAUAUCAUGACUGGAAACACAGACACUAGGUUCUACUGGAACCUCACGAGGAAUAUCUACCGAUGGAGUCCAUCGAGAACGGGUAGAGCUCUGAACAUCCACACUGUCGACGAGAGAUUGGAUAUCGCCGUCCACCUGGAGGCGAUGAUGCUUUACUAUGAUCUCAUUCGCUCGUUCUGAUAACAUGGAAAUGAAACUCUGCGAUGGAAAUGAAUGUUAUGAGGCAACGAAGAAAAGCGAAAUAUGCUGUCGUCUGAAUUGAUAUAAUUUGGAUCGGGGAACUUGAAGCUGCAAUGUUCAUAGCCAAAAUUAUACUAUGUCAAUAUUAUCACUGUCGUUUACCAAGAUAUAGAACCCACGCCAAGAUACAUGACCUGAGAAUGUCCAACGUGCUUCUGUCU